GAACUGUUUAGGAAAUAGGAAGAAGUGAAGCCACUCGAAGUAUGAACUCUCUUUAUGUCAUUAUUUAUCGCUUUUCUUUACCGAUUUUUGGGGUAUUUUACAUUUAAACAUUUUCUUCAAGAAGCAACCUGUUUGAACGCAGAUUUUAUACUGGAAUUUUGGGAAAAUUCGUGAGUAUAUAUUUGACCAAAACAGACGCAUUGUGUAUAAUUUGUGUGUUACGAAAUAUUGAUAUUGUUUAUACGAAAUAAGUUAUACUACACGCGACUUUAGUGUACCGAUUUUUACGUCGAAAUACCUUAAUAAUAGCAUGAACAAACUGGGUAAAACUAAUGGUAUUUGAUGUGGAAUUAUACAGAAAUCGGGCUUUGAAAUCCAGCUUUUAACAACCUGUCACCUGUCAAUAUACAUAAACAAUACAUGCCUAACAUUGUUGUGUCUACUCGCUCUGCUGGAAUUUGUACUUUAUAAACGCCCUAUGAAUAUGCUCGCGUUAUUUUACAAGUUAAAAGACAGCAACUAUGGGCGUUUUUUGCUACUUUUAUUAUGUCUGAUUGCUGUUAUGCCAUUUGUAACUCAUUAUUACUUGACAAAACGCGCAGGGACUCAAGACUUUUACUCAAAGUCAUUCCACACAAGGUCAGCUCUACAAGACGAUGAUUCUAACACCGAAUACAGAUUAGAGGAACUGAGAAAGAAUAUUAACGAAUUAGAGCAUGUCAAGUUAUCGUUAAAGAAUGAGUUACGGGAACUCGAGGGGAAACGCCAUGGACUUUUACGCAAUAUACAAGAGCAUUCAAACAAUAUUGAUAAUAUUGUCAGCAAAGCAAACUAUUUGACAAACGAGGUCACCAAGCAACAACAAGAAUUAGAAGACCUUCGUUUCGCUAAGAAAAUGGUCAGUCAUUGUCCUCAAUUACCCCUCGUUAAGCCGCCUAAAGAUAUUUUAUCUAAACUGUCCCACAAAUUUCAAACAUAUCCACAAGCUACCGUACACGAGAGGACUCAUUGUAAACUCUCGAGUUGUUUUAACUUUCAAAAGUGUCCACUUGGUCGUGAUUUUACAGCACACAUAUACAACCCCAAAAACACUAGGUUAUCAAUGAGAACCAGUGUAUCGCAAGAAAUGUAUAGUAUACUCAAAUCAAUGCCUUAUGCGGUAGAUGUUAAUGAGCCUACAGCUUGUGUGUAUAUUGUUAUACUUGAUACAUUGUUAGACAGUUCUCCGAAAGAAUUAGAAAAGUUUUUGCACAAUUUAGAAUUUUGGCAAGGUGAUGGACAUAAUCAUAUUAUAAUAAACUUUGCCGGAGGUAAGGUCCUUCACAAGGUGGACACAGGCCGAGCAAUACUCGCACAAACGAUGUUUGGACCUCAUACACCAUAUCGACGAGAGUUUGACAUGGUAGUUCCACCUCUUGCAAGCUUGACGAGAUCCGGAUCACCGUGGGAAAAUUCUGCUCCUCAACUCCCGGCUAGCCGUAAAUACCUGGUCAGCUUUGUCGGGAACUAUCAUAGUUCUAAGAAAGGUCUGAAUAAUGAUAGUUUUAUUUCGGUUGGUGAUUUGAAACAGCUUUCUCUAGAAGCCAAAGAUAUAUUUAUUCAACUCUCAUGCCAGCCUGAUAAAGAAUUUGCUAAUUCCAACGACUGGCAACUCUGUGGGUCACACAAGUCAAGAGCCGAGGUCUUAAAGGCCUCAACGUUUGCUCUUAUAUUUCAGUCUGAACAUGCGGAAGACCAGACAAUGACCAUAAUACGCUUUAUUGAAGCCUUACAAUAUGGUGCUAUUCCUGUUGUGAUAUCUGAUAAUAUUUUACUGCCGUUUACUGAUAUUAUUGAAUGGCAUCGUGCUGCGAUAAUGUUACACAGCGCACAAUUCCCGCAAAUGCAUUUUAUCUUACGGACAAUUUUAGUCAACGAUGUAUUGGACAUUAGACGACAAGGUAGAUUUUUAUGGGAAGCAUAUCUUUCCUCUGCUAAAAGUGUUUUGGAAUCAACGAUGGCAGUUAUACAAACUCGUCUAUCUUUGCCAGGCGUGCCGGCAAAAGAUACACACUUUCCUUCAGUUUUUUACAGUCCCGACCCAAACCUGGUGAUGCAACACGGUAUAACAUCACCAACAUUUUAUCGUAACUUCACAGCAAAUACAAUCUAUGCUAGACAGAGAUGGAACACAUAUCCGGGGGCAUUAUUGUUGUUCCCGAGUUCACCUAUUGUGCCAGUGUUGCCAUCCUCAGCUGCAUUCCUGAAUUCGUCCUUCGAUAUCCAACCCAUUGGCAGGGGUGCCGGGGGUGCGGGAAGAGAGUUUCAGGAAGCAUUGGGCGGUGACUAUCCGUUUGAACAAUUCACUAUCGUUAUGUUAACGUAUGAGCGAGAGUUAGUCUUGAUAGAAGCUCUGGGUCGCUUGGCAGGUUUGCAGUACAUGAAUAAGGUGGUUGUGGUUUGGAACAGUCCUGGUGAUCCAUCGCCAGACCUAAGGUGGCCGAAUAUUGGAGUCCCAAUCAAGGUGAGUGAGCCAAAGGAUUAUUAAUGUGUAAAAUUUAGGCCUUUCCUGAAAAGGUGCUUGAUCAAACAUGCACAAGCCUUUUGCCAAGUGUGUUUUUUCAUGACGAAGAAACUAUUUUAAUUUUGAAAUAAAUUUAUUGACUGCUUUUUGCCUGGACUAAUUUCUGGUUUCUUUAGGUUCUACGUCCUGAAAAGAACAGUUUAAAUAACAGAUUUCUUCCACUUGACGAAAUUGAAACCGACGCUGUAUUAUCGAUGGAUGAUGAUAUACAACUAAGACAUGAUGAGAUUCUCUUUGGGUUUAGGUAUUGUCAAUAACUCCUCCUCUUAGUAGCAGAGAUGAAGAGUAUAUGAAUUGUUGAUAAUUAAAAUUGCAUAAUUUUUCCCAGGGUAUGGCGCGAGGCAAGAGAUAGGAUUGUUGGCUUCCCAGGUCGUUAUCAUGCUUGGGACUUGAACCAUGGUGGAUGGUUGUACAACUCCAAUCAUUCAUGUGAACUGUCGAUGGUCCUCACUGGAGCGGCAUUUAUUCACAAAGUAAUCAUUAAAUACAUUUACGACUAACAUUUCUAGAGCGCAAAUUCCCAUGUGGAUAUAAUCAAAUGCUCUACAUCAAGUAUUACGCUUACCUAAUUACAUACUCAGGGUCGUCCUCAGGGAAUUCUUCAGGGAAUUCUUCAGGGGGGGGGGGGGGUAAAGGUCAUUUCAACUGACUGACGAACAGGGCCGCCGAGAGGUUGACGGGAGCCCAUGCGAGAAAUUUUUUUUCGGACACCAACAACCCGCCCCCGUCGACAACUUUUUAGGGAAAAAAUUUCCGGACGAGUACAUUGCAGAUGCUUUCCAGUGACUUUACCUCAAUUUUUCAUACCAAAAUUCGCAAAUUUACCCAAAAAAAACAAAUAUCUUGCCCUUUGUGCAGAAAUAUUUAACCCAAAUAGCAGUCCUACCGACUGAAUAGCAGUCCUGCCGACUGAAUAAAAUUUCUGGGGGGUGUAACCCCGCCCCCCCGUAUCUCCGACCCUGUACAUACUUAGCUAGGCUCACAGGAAAAAAAGCCCAACCUGUAACAAUGUUGAAGAAAACAAGCUCGAACAAUAUUUUGCUGCCCAUAUUGUUCCUGGUUGUUAACAAUAUUGUUCACCUGAACAAUGCUGAACAAUAUGGGCAGCAAAAUAUUGUUCAGGCCUGUUUUCAACAACAUUGUCACAGGCUAGGCGUUUUUUGCAGUUUAGACUAUUUUAUCUUGACAACAAUUGUGAUAUUACUUUCUCAACUGUGUUUAUCUUAACCCACCCUGGCAACUUUCCUUGUGGGAGGAAACCAGAGCACUCAAGCCUGGUGGUGUCAACAUUCUUCUUAUAAUUUUCAGGUAGUUGCAUUCCUGCCAACGAAAGCUUGUUUAAAUAUGUACUCAGUGUUACAAUUUUUUUUAGUACUAUACAUAUGUGUACACAUAUGUGAUGCCUCGAGCCAUACGAGAUAAAGUCGACGAAUACACAAACUGUGAAGAUAUCGCCAUGAAUUUUCUUGUUUCUCAUGUGACAAGGAAACCGCCCAUUAAGGUACGGUACAGUUUAGACCAAUUUAGGUUUCCUCCUGUAGUAACAUUGGAUCAAUAAGAGGUGAUCCUUACUGGACCUCUAGGAAGAACAGUUUAGAACUGAUAGAGCUAUCCAGUAUAAAUAAAGUUAGUUUAGUUUAGGUUUCCUCCUGUAGUAUCACUGGAUCAAUAAGAGAUGAUCCUUACUGGACCUCUAGGGAGAACAGUUUAGAACUAAUAGAGCUAUCCAGUAUAAAUAAAGUUAGUUUAGUUUAGGUUUUCUCCUGUAGUAACACUGAAUCAAUAAGAGGUGAUCCUUACUGGACCUCUAGGAAGAACAGUUUAGAACUGAUAGAGCUAUCCAGUGUAAAGUUAAUUUAAAGUUCUUAUUCUCAUUUCAGGUGACGUCUCGUUGGACAUUCCGGUGUCCGACCUGCCCCUCGACAUUAUAUCAAGACAAAACUCACUUUAACGAGAGGCAUGAAUGUAUCAACUUUUUCGUCAAGGUUUUCGGCUAUAUGCCGUUGUUACGUACACAAUUUCGAGCCGACUCAGUACUUUUCAAAACACGGAUUCCUUCGGAAAAAUCGAAAUGCUUUACAUAUAUUUGAAACGUGUGUAACUAUUGGGCCUAACAAAAACAUGUGGUUGAGACAGACCCACCUUUUUGUGCUGGCCUGACCUUAAUGGUUUUUUGGAUGUGCUUGGCAGGCCUCGAAAGAAGAGGGAUCCCGGGAUCGCUGAUGGAUACUGAGGAAGAUCUGAAGAUGAAUUAAUCGUGAUAGGGAAGCAAGAUGGGAAGAAGUUAUUUCGCUGACCUCAGAAUGACAUUUCGUCAAAAAAUUUUUUUUCAAGAUUGGUUUAGAAACAAACUUAGAGUAGGGUUAGGUUAGGGUUAGGGUAAGGGUUAUAAUUGGUGUUUGGAAUAGGGUUAGUGUUAGUAAAACCGUUGCUUUGUUACGUUUUGUCACUCUGAGGCCAGCGAAAUAAUCUCUUCCUUGCAAGCAGAUGAUGGUCAACUUUGACACAUAUAACAUAUAUACAUCUCUCUAUUCUAUCUGUUUGCCUCCAAAUACAAGACUACUACAUUUAAUGAAAAGAAUGAACAUUAUUUUCUCACCCUGAUAACUGCAGGUUUUGUACGUAUAUGUAUAAAUAAACCAUGUUUUUGCAUUAAAAAUUUCAGACUUGCUUUUAGGGCAACUUAUAUACACAUUUUCGACAUGAUAAUUCGUCAACGGUCGUUGGAAAUACUAAGGCAAUAGGAUGUUCCAGUCAGUGAAAAGAACGAACUGCUUUCGGAUUAUCAGAUUGUGACUGCAUGGAUGGCAUUAUUGAUGCACUGAAUUUUUACAAAGUUAACUGUUCGAGCUUAUGUAAAAUUUAUCGUAAAAAUAUCGUAUAAAACGUUAAAAAAGGCUGGCGAAGGGCCUUCGCUCGAAAUGUCGCCGGUCUCCUUGUAUUUUUCAGGUAGUUGUGUCCUAUCAUCGAUCUGCAGUAUACUCUAAUUUUGUCCGGCUUUUUCAUUUAAAAAUUAAAUACAUAGUAUUUAUUGUCGGGUAAUAUGUUAAUAGACUGUAAUAUAGUUUUUUUUAUAGGAUUAAGGAGAGAUAUAAUAAUGUAAAAGUAUUUUAAAAAAUGAGUUGUAUGGAUAACGGCAAUAUGCCUUUUCGCUACCUCGGGCAAAAGAAGUCUAAAAACUAAAACCUCCGUUUUCAAAUUUUUAGACUCAAAUUUGUUUUGCUUUUUUAACACUCUACUCUCCAGAGUGUUGUUGCUAUGUUUUGAACAUCUCCAAAACUAAGUAAUCCUUUUGUUAAUACUGAAUCAAUAUCGUGCAGAAAUAAUUGAUAUAUUAUGCAGUUUAUUGCACUUUCUUCACUCGGGGAUAUUGGUGAUUUUACAGGGAGCUAUGCCCAACGUACUAACUCCAGAUAUUACCCUUAUUUGCUGACAUUUUCAGGCUUUAAAUAACUGUUUUACUUCAAAAAAUCUCUUCUAUAUAAGAUUAAACCAGAUGGUACCUAAUUUAGGUUUCUUUUAAAUUUGACAUAUUAAAUAAAUAGCUAAGUUGCCUGGGUUACAUAAUUAGGAGAAGAUUAGUAUCAUAAAUGAUAGAUUUCGAUUCCGGGGGGUUGCAGCGGUAUUUUAAUGAACGUAAAAUUAAAAUAAAGCUGCAAAAAUUGUAUUUCUAUUAAAACUUGCACUUUUAAAGGACAGCUAAUAUUUGUAAACGUAUUGUUUAUUUUGUUGUGG